CCCUCAAUACCCGUGACCGUCAUUUCUUACUUCCACCAUAUCUGACCUCCUUCAUUAUUCCAGAACCCAUCAUACGUUGCACCUCCAACAUCCGGAUACGCUCCGCCUCCAGGGCCUCCUCCUUCAAUGCCUGGAAUGCCUGGUCCAGGUUUUGCCUCUGGAUAUGCACCGCCUCCAGGCCCACCACCAUCUUCGUAUACCGGUGCGCUUAGCCAACAAUACGGCCAACAACAAUACGGCCAGCAAAUCGUUACAUACUACCUGAACACACCUAUCCCGCCUCUCGAUGGUCCACCGCCGGCGCAGGGUGUUCCGGGACACGAUGGAUACAACGGAAACGCGGAUGUGGAGAAGUUGAGGGAUGCGAUGAGGGGUAUUGGGACGAAGGAGAGUCUUCUAAUCCAAACAAUUACCCCCCUUUCCGCUAUGAAUCUCGCCAUUCUGGGUGCCACUUACCGCGCUGCGACGGGCAAGGAGCUCAUUGCGGAUGUGGAGAGCGAAACGAGUGGACGGUUGAGAGACGUACUAGCUCCCCUCGUUUUCGGACCUGUCGAGUAUGAUGUCAAGCUGCUUCAUGAGGCGUUGAGUGGAGCUGGCACCGACGAACACCUCUUAACCUCCCUCAUCGCCGACCGUUCGCCCUCGGAUCUCUACCUUCUCAACCAAGCAUACCGCGCACGACACCGUCGAACCUUGGAGGAAGCGGUGAAGGGCGAUUUGAGUGGGAAGACUGAAAGGAUUUACACAAUGAUCUUAUCCUCCAAUCGGCCCUCCGACAACAGUCCUGUCGAUCCUCAGCUUGUUGAGGCGGAUGUCAAGGCACUGUACAAAGCUGGCCAAGGUAAGAUCGGAACAGAUGAGAUCGCAUUCUGCAACAUCAUCAUCAACCGCACGGUCCCUCACCUAACUGCAUUAUGGGAAUCAUACCAGCGUCAACACGGAAAAACGCUCUCAAAAGUUAUCAAGAAUGAGUUCUCUGGCCACACAAAAUCCACACUUCUUCACAUCGUCACUGCAGCUAAUCCGAAACACAUAACCGACGGGCCCAGAGUAUGGCGGGACGUAAAGUUGUUGGAAGCUACGAUGAAAGGAAUGGGUACAAAGGAUGAUCUGCUCAUUAGACGACUCAUCCGCACCCACUGGGACCAAAUACACUUCACCAACGUCAAACGCACGUAUGAGCGCAAGUAUAAGAAGUCGUUGGAGGCUCGGGUCGCUAGUGAGACUAGUGGGGACUAUAAGAAGGCAUGUGUUGGCGUUGUUCGGGGGGCGUGAGCUGGAGGAGUUCGUAGGCACAUUCUGAAGAUUCUGUGCAAAUGCGCGAAAUCUUGAACGAAGGUGUCUAUGGAUUGUGUUUGUGGUGAAUUAUAACUUAGGGGCAUUGUAAUGUGUACACCAGCAACUGAAUGAUGGUUUAAAUUUCACC